AUGACGGAUAAGCCAAAGCAAAUUCAAGAUAUUAAGCUUUUUCUUGAAAUUGCAAGAAGAAAGGAUGCAAAGUCAACCCGUAUUGUUAAAACGAGAGCUCAAGUUAAAUUUAAAGUCAGAUGCAGCAGAUAUGUUUAUACACUUGUAGUAAACGAUCAUGAAAAAGCAGAAAAGCUGAAGCAAAGUUUGCCACCUAAUCUUCCUAUUGUUUAA